AUGAGAAUAGCGCCAGAUACACUCACAAAGCUCCAGCUGACGCCGGAGGCAAUCAGAAACAUCUGCAUUCUCGCACAUGUCGAUCACGGGAAGACCUCCCUCUCUGACUCGCUUCUCGCGUCGAAUGGUAUCAUCUCGCAAAAAUUGGCGGGCAAGGUCCGUUUCCUUGAUUCGCGGCCAGAUGAGCAGCUCCGUGGGAUCACGAUGGAAUCCUCAGCGAUUUCGUUGUAUUUUCGCGUGUUGAAAAAGCAGGAGGGCUCCGAUACGCCGUCGGUCAGCGAACAUUUGAUCAAUCUCAUUGACUCGCCAGGCCACAUUGAUUUCUCGUCGGAGGUCUCCGCCGCAUCCAGAUUGUGCGAUGGUGCAGUUGUGCUUGUGGAUGUUGUUGAGGGGGUGUGCUCCCAGACGGUCACGGUGUUGAGACAGUCAUGGCUAGACGACUUGAAGCCGGUGUUGGUGCUCAACAAAAUUGACCGCUUGGUGACAGAGUUGAAGCUCACACCACUCGAAGCAUACCAGCACUUGUCCAAGGUGAUUGAACAGGUUAAUUCGAUCAUUGGGUCGUUUUUUGCUGGCGAAAGAAUGCAGGAUGACAUGCUUUGGCGCGAAUACCUCGAGAAGAACGCUGGGGCCGACAAGAAGUUUGUUGAGAAGGAUGAUGAAGACAUCUACUUCAAUCCCGAGAACAAAAAUGUGAUCUUUGCGAGUGCCAUCGACGGCUGGGGCUUCAACAUCGGGCAGUUCGCCAAACUCUAUGCCGAAAAGCUCGGCAUCAAGCGCGAGAACUUGCAGAAGGUGUUGUGGGGCGACUACUAUCUCGAGCCCAAGACGAAAAAGAUCUUGACUGCAAAGAGUUUGCGUAACAAGCCCACCGCUAACAUGAAACCGCUCUUUGUGUCGUUGAUCUUGGAGAAUAUCUGGGCGGUGUACGAGAACACGAUGAUUGACAGGAAUCCAGAAAAAUUGGAAAAGAUUAUCAAGGCGUUGAACUUGCGCAUUUUGCCGCGCGAGCUAAGAUCCAAGGACGAAAAGGGGCUUUUGACGGCCAUCAUGGGCCAAUGGCUUCCCGUGUCCACUGCUGUCUUGCUCACCGUUGUUGAACGUUUGCCAUCGCCGUCACAGUCGCAGAAGGAGCGUAUUCCCAAGAUCCUUGCUUCCGUUCCGGGUGCCACCGACGAUGGAACGAUCAACAAGGAUAUCGAGCGCGAUAUGUUGAAAUGCGACUACAAGGGCUUGAGUUGCGCUUACGUGUCGAAGAUGCUCUCCAUCCCCGAAAGCGAGCUUCCACGGAACAACCUCCGUGUGAACCUUACGGAUGAUGAGUUUAUUGAAAGGGGGAGAAUUGCGAGAUUGGCAGCACAGAAGGCGGCCGAUGCGGCCAGAGCGUUAGAGGAAUCUACCACUGAGGCCAAGGGCGAUUCCAAAACGGCCAACGACGAGUUUGUUAUCACUUCUGCUUUGGAUUCCACCACGUUAGAUGAUCCGUUCGGGUGGGAGGAGGAGGAGGAGGAGGAGGAGGAGGAUCCGUUUGGCGGGGCCAUCGAGGUGGAAAAGGAAGAGCUCAUCGGGUUUGCCAGAGUCUAUUCCGGGACUUUGACUGUGGGCCAGGAGAUUACCGUCGUGGGACCGCGCUACGACCCGUCUAGGUCGGCAAAAUAUAACCAGAAGUAUAUCACCACUACGAUCAUCACCGAGUUAUACUUGAUCAUGGGCCGCGAGUUGGUCUCGAUUAACGAGGUGCCUGCCGGGAGCAUUGCCGGGAUUGGCGGCUUGGGGGGCAAGAUCUUGAAGAACGGGACGUUGGUCGAUACCAGAGCCACCCAGGGCCUUGUGAACCUCGCGGCUGUGAGCUUGCUGACGAUGGUGCCGCCCAUCUUGCGUGUGGCUGUGGAGCCGGUGAACCCGACGCACAUGGACCGCCUUGAGCGUGGACUCCAGCUCUUGAACCAGGCGGACGCGUGUGUGUCAGUGUUUGUACAGAGCAACGGUGAACACAUUUUGGCAGUCGCUGGCGAGUUGCACUUGGAGCGCUGUUUGAAGGACUUGAAGGAGCGGUUUGCGGGGUGUGAGAUCCAGACAUCGGAGCCGGUCAUUCCGUACCGCGAGACGACCCUUUCGUUGGCGAAACUGGAGAUGAAUGCGCCAAAGAAUCCGGAAAUGGGUCCUAGGGGGACGGUUGUGGUUGAGAUUGGCAACCACAAAAUUACCUACGCGGUCAGACCUCUUCCAGAGACGGUUAUUCAGUUUUUGAGUGACAACUCGAGUUCGAUUCAAAGCUUAGUCGAUAGUAAGCACAACGUUGAGGAAGAAGAAGAGGAGGAGGAGGAGGAGGAUGGUGACGCAUUGCUCACAGGAAACAACAAGAAGCGCAUGAGUGCGGAGGCGUUUAGAGACGAAUUGGCCAGCGCGUUCGACUCAUUGAGCGAGAAGGAAAGAGAAGCGUGGGGUACUGGCGAGCAAAUCGCUGCAUCCGUCGUGGCGUUUGGGCCAAAGAGAGUGGGACCAAACUUGCUUCUCGACAACUCCAACAUGUUGAGACGGAUCUUUGAAACCACGGGGGAGAAAACCUUCCUGUACCAGGACUCGAUCUUGAACGGGUUCCACUUGGGGACGUACGAAGGACCCCUUGCGGCAGAACCGGUCCAGGGCAUUGCGGUGCUGAUCCAGUCGAUCGAGGAAGUGGAUUCCGUCACGGCCAAUGUUUCCGGGAGGUUCAUCACCGCAACUAGAGAUGCGAUCCACCAAGGCUUCCUUGACUGGUCGCCUAGAAUCAUGUUGGCGAUGUACUUGUGUGACAUUCAGGCCACGGCCGAGGUCUUGGGGAAGGUGUAUGCCGUUAUCCAGAGACGUCGUGGGCAGAUCCUCCUGGAGGAGAUGAAGGAGGGCACGCCGUUUUUCACCAUCACAGCCAAGAUUCCCGUCGUGGAGGCAUUUGGGUUCUCCGAAGAUAUCAGAAAGAAGUCAUCCGGUGCUGCCUCGCCGCAGUUGGUGUUUUCGGGCUUCGAGGCCGUGGAUGAAGAUCCGUUCUGGGUGCCAACCACUGAGGAGGAGUUGGAGGAGUUAGGCGACUUAGCCGACAAGGAGAAUGUGGCAAGGAAGUACGUCACCGCAAUCAGAACUUCCAAGGGGUUAUUUGUUGAGAAGAAGGUUGUGGAGAACGCCGAGAAGCAGAGAACGCUCAAGAAGGAUUAGAUAGAGUACUAAAGCAGAGUAUAAUAUUAACGGAGCUAAGUCGAGGUAUUCGUAGCCUAAGGAGGUUCCGCAAAGGGUCUAUACCGGGGUGCUUGUGACCAGAGGCUUCUACCGAUUCCAUGCACCCUUGUUUCAUGAGAGAUUAGCUAGAACUGGAUCAACUAAACUUAUUCCUCAGACGUACGAUGUAUUUAGGGGGUAGCUAAUGAAGCAUGUUUUAAGUUUAGC